CAGAGCAGAGCUAUGAUGUCACAUUUCCUGAAAGUCAGUGUGAGUGAGAGCAGAGCUGCAGUGGAGACAAGUCUCUGUGUUUCUCUCUACACAAACAUUCAACUGAAUCCAGCAGGUUUCCAUCAACAACAAACACUGAGUGUCGAUAUGUCUGCUGCCAGCUGUCUGCUGACUGAAGAUCAGUUCCUGUGCUCCAUCUGUCUGGAUGUGUUCACUGAUCCAGUCAGCACACCAUGUGGACACAACUUCUGUAAAACCUGCAUCACUACACACUGGAGUACUAAUGUCCCCUAUCAGUGUCCAAACUGUAAAGAGGUUUUUGAUCCAAGACCUCAACUUCGAGUCAACACCUUCAUCUCUGAGAUGGCUGCUCAGUUCAGACAGUCAGCUCAACAGAAAGCCAGCAGCAGCAGCUCAGAGCAACAAGUUUCCAAACCAGGAGAAGUUCCCUGUGACGUCUGCACUGGAACCAAACUGAAGGCCCUGAAGUCCUGCCUGGUGUGUCUGGAAUCCUACUGUGAGACUCACCUGGAGCCUCAUCUGACAAGAUCAGGCCUGAAAAGACAUCAGCUGAUCGACCCUGUGGAGAACCUGGAAGGCAGGAUGUGUCUGAAGCACGAUAAACUGCUGGAGCUGUUCUGUAAGACCGACCAGAUGUGUGUCUGCAUGCUCUGCACUGUUUUAGACCACAAGACACAUGAUGUUGUUCCUCUGAGAGAAGAAUAUGAAGGAAAGAAGGCCGAGCUGGGGAAGACAGAGGCUGAAAUUCAGCAGAUGAUCCAGAAGAGACGACUGAAGAUUGAGGAGAUCAAACACUCAGUGGAGCUCAGUGAGGAAGAUGCAGACAGAGAGAUAGCAGAUGGUGUUCAGGUCUUCACCGCUCUGAAGGAGUCUGUUGAGAGAAGCCAGGCCGAGCUCAUGGACACGAUCAAAGAGAAGCAGAGAAAGACAGAGAAACAGGCUGAAGGCUUCAUCAAAGAGCUGGAACAGGAAAUCUCUGAGCUGAAGAAGAGGAGCACUGAGGUGGAGCAGCUCUCACGCUCUGAAGACCACCUCCACCUCCUCCAAAGCUUCACGUCCCUGAACACUGCUCCACCCUCCAAGGACUGGACAGAGGUCAGCGUCGUUCUACCUUCAUAUGAGGGGACUGUGAGGAGAGCUGUGAGUCAGCUGGAGGAGACGCUCAGUAAACAGAUGAAGAAGCUGCUUGCUGAGACCAAGAUGCAGAGGGUCCAGCAGUAUGCAGUGGAUGUGACACUCGAUCCUGAUACAGCACAUCCCAACCUCAUCGUGUCUGGAAAACAAGUUACAUGUGGUGAUGUAAAGAAGAAUCUCCCAAACAGUCCAGAGAGAUUUGAUACUUGUCCCUGUGUCUUAGCAAAGCAGAGUUUCUCUUCAGGAAGAUUUUAUUAUGAGGUUCAAGUUAAAGGGAAGACUGAGUGGGAUUUAGGAGUGGCCAGAGAGUCGAUCAACAGGAAGGGACAGAUCAAACUGAGACCUCAGAAUGGUUACUGGACGAUAUGUUUGAGGAAUGAAAAUGAGUACAAAGCUUUUGCUUACUCUUCAGUCAGUCUCUCUCUGAAGUCUCAGCCUGAGAAGGUGGGGGUGUUUGUGGAUUAUGAGGAGGGUCUGGUCUCCUUUUAUGAUGUUGAUGCUGCAGCUCUUAUCUACUCCUUUACUGGCUGCACCUUCACUGAGAAACUCUACCCAUACUUCAGUCCUCAUAAUAGCCAAGGUAAAAACUCUGCCCCUCUGAUCAUCUCUCCUGUCAGUCACAGCAAGUAGAACAACUAUUUGAUUCACUGCCAUCCACUGUAAUAAUUGUGUAUUCAUUGGUGAUAUGCAGUCUAUGAAUUGUUGAUUUUCAGAUUCUGGUCAAGUUUUUAUCCUGUAAAUGUUUUUCUUUGGUGUCACAUUGCUACUUACUACUUUAACACAUGGAUUACAUGAAACUGAUAUUAUAUCUUGAAGAAAACCUCAUUUUUCAGAUGUGCCUUCACAGUGAACGGAGAAUCCAAAAAAGGCAAACAUUCUUGAUGAUAAGAGAUGAUAAUCUUUAAGUGGUCAUGCAGUAAGUAAAUGUGUAACAUUACAGCAGCAAAGGGAUAGUAUAAACAGGAAGCAUCAGUAAAAAACACAAAGCAAUAUCAAUAAAAAGAAACACACAGAUCACUUUAACUGUGAAAAUCACAGAGCGUUUUAAAGACCGUUUUUAUAAGAAAUGGCAAUGCCUGACCCUGACACUUUAUUUUAACACUCCCUCCCGAUUAGGAGAGAAAUAUUUGUACAUUAUUGCUAUUUACUCUCACGCACUGUUGUUCAAAAGACCUUCUCCUCUUCUCUUUCCUUUUUUGUUCACUUAUCCUCCUUUUGUUUCCACUGUACUUUAUUUUUUUUUACAUGGAAUCAAUGUCAUUGUGUGUUGAACCUGUACCUCCAUGGACUUUCAAGGUCAGGGUGGGAGGGAGAUGACGAGAGGGAUGUUUGUUCAGAAAAGUUUCAACUGUAAUUUUGUAUGAUUUGCAGUUAUCCUUUAAUAAAAAGCAUGAGUAAAAAAUAAAUCCCAGUGCAAUGUAAUAAGUUAGAAGCAAAAAAAAGCAAAAUAUAAUAAAAAGGUUGAACGGCUGAUUUCACAUUAUUGACCGAUAGAGGCAAAGAUAUUGCACACAUCAGCAUGUACUGAUAUUGCUCCUGAUAGAUGGCUGUAAACAGUGAAAAGUAAAAGCAAGAUAUAGAUAAAGCUGCAAGCUGCAAUUCUGGGGUUCAAGCCAACAUGGACCUUAAAACUUGAAAGCUGGGUAAGAUGAAGACCUUUGACAAUUUAGGACGCCUGCAUUAAAG